AUGCCGCGCCGGCGCAGGUCCAGUAUUCAAUCGCACUCGGCCGCGAGUUACAGCUUUUCCGAGGACGAGACCCAGCCGGCGUUCCGCAAGGCACGGCCAUUGAUCUCGCUUAACGGCUCGCCACUCCCGCAAACCGUGCUUCUGGAGACGGACGAGAACGGGGCGACGAUUCGCAACGGUCACCCUGCCACAUAUCAACCGCCCUCGCCCACCGCCAAUCAUACCAUGAGUUUGAAGCGACGACAAUGUACGAGGUGUAACUGUCAGACGGAGCUGAUUCUAGACGAUGAUCGGCCGUUCAUGGAUCGGUUUGCUGAUGACACGUCUAUGUUGGGCUUCAGAUACCUUCAUUCCAGGUACAAGACGUGGUUUAGGUAAGGUUUUAUGAGAAAAUCUCGAUUCUGUGUUGUAUUACUGAUACAUUCAUAUUACAUUACUAUAGAAAAACUUGUAUCAGAGCUCAAAACUUUAGGUUUUACAGCUACUGCCAGCUCGUAAAAUUAUUUUGUUUUAGGAUAUUAUGGGCCGUACUGUUGAUAUUUUUCUUUGCUUUAACAAUAUACCAAGUGGCGGAACGCUGCUCCUAUUACUUCAUCAGUAAUCCCCUCAUAACAACACGCUUAUAUAACACUCCGAGCGAAGUCGAAUUCCCGAAAAUUGUCGUAUGUAACAAAAUGCAAAUAAAGUAAGUAAACAAAGCUCUAUGUUGGCAAUACCAGUACAUAAAAGAUGUCCGGAAACUGAAAAUGUACAAAAAUCAGAAUAUUUACGUUAUACUAGAUGUCGAUACCCAAAAUAUAGUUAAAUAAGUUUACAAAAUAGCCUAUGAAUACUCUCGACACAGAGAUAUCAGUAAUCCCCUCAUUAAUACCGUUUCAGAGCCUCAAAAGUAGUAGAAGUAAACCCCCGCCUCCUGAGCGCCUUAUCAGAAAGCUUCGACGAUGAACAACACUAUACCACCAACGACACCAUCAGACACAUGCUAACAGACUUCAACGCCAUUAAUUCCUUUGAGUUCUUUGUCAACACAAAACAGAAUGUUGAAGAUUUGUUUGUUGGUUGUCAAUUCGGAAAAGGCAAGAACUGCAUCGACAAUGUGAAGCCGAUUCUGACGCCCAACGGUCUCUGCUUCUUGGUCGAUAUGAGUACGACAGUCCGAAGACCAGGACCUGAAAGUACCUUACAAUUGUUGUUGAACUUGGAGAUAUACGAAAGUGUGCCGGGUUGGGUAACCGAGCCCGGGGUGGUUUUGUCGAUGUUUGACUCCAGUGUGCCAUUUGUGAAUCAUUUCCAAGAAGGAAUGCAUCUGGAGCCGGGGAAGGCUGUGACGAUUCCAAUCAACGAUAUCAGAAGGGUCGGUUAA